UUCAUUCUCUCUCCAGGCCUCUCUCUCCUCACAACCUCAGAACGCCUCUCUCUCCUCCCCCUCCCUCUCAAAUCCCUCUCUCUCAAACCCAGCCCUCCUAUAAAUCUCCCUUCCCAUAUAAAAGACAACCCUUUUCAAAAUCUUACCCGCUCUAUUUUCGAUUUUUCUCAGUCGUAUCACCUACAAAUCCACGAGACAUCUCCUUCUGAAUCUCUUGAGCUACCAAAGAAACCCUAGAUUUUGAUUUUGACUUAAUUAUUCCCCAUCAUAGAAGGAGCGCUGUUCUCAAAUAACCCAAUGGCAGAUCAACUGUUGGAAGGGAGCCAACCAGUGGAUCGUUCCAAGCACCCUUCUGGAAUCGUUCCAACUCUCCAGAACAUUGUGUCAACAGUCAACUUAGACUGCAAGUUGGAUCUUAAGGCCAUUGCACUUCAAGCUCGAAACGCAGAAUACAAUCCCAAGCGUUUUGCUGCUGUAAUUAUGAGGAUAAGAGAACCAAAAACAACAGCAUUAAUUUUUGCUUCUGGAAAAAUGGUUUGUACUGGAGCAAAAAGUGAACAGCAGUCAAAAUUGGCAGCACGGAAGUAUGCUCGAAUCAUACAAAAGCUUGGUUUUCCAGCUAAAUUCAAGGAUUUCAAGAUUCAGAACAUAGUUGGCUCAUGUGAUGUAAAAUUUCCAAUUAGACUUGAAGGCCUUGCAUACUCCCAUGGUGCUUUCUCAAGUUAUGAACCAGAGCUGUUCCCCGGACUGAUAUAUCGGAUGAAACAACCGAAAAUUGUGCUGCUUAUAUUUGUUUCUGGGAAAAUUGUUCUUACAGGAGCGAAGGUGAGAGAAGAGACUUAUACUGCCUUCGAGAAUAUAUACCCAGUUCUCACCGAGUUCAGAAAAGUUCAGCAAUGAUUUUUUGGGGAUGGGGAACUGACAGUAUCUGCAAGAAGUCUUGAGAGUAGUGUUCAUGAAUUCGACGUUCCGAUUGCUGAACCCGGGCUACUGUAAAUAGAUGAAGGGAAGUUGGCGAUCAGUUCGUAACUCAUGGCGUUCAAGAAAAACAUUGACAUGAUUAAAAUCAGGACCAUGGCAAUUUAUUUGUCGUUUUGUUUUGGAUCUCCUGUAGCAUCAACUCCGUAGGCUUUUGAAAGCCGCUGCAAACUUGUUUCUCCACAGUCCACAGUACUUGAUUUGAACUUCUCUUAGAGCAUUUUCAAGGUUAUAUCAGUUGUUUCAUUUGCAGAUGCAAUAAUUGGCCAUCCAAGGUGAUCGGUGUAUAAAACGACAGGAAAAAUCCCGUUGUGUUUGUAGUUUUCAAUGUGUUUGUAGUGAUAAGACCUCGAUGUGUUGACAUAAUCUGCAGCUAUUACGUUUUGGGUAUUCUAAAAACGAGUAUAGUAAGGGCUUUGGUUAUUACACUGAAACACUUUUAACAUUCAUGAACUUGUAAAGAAUUUGCUAUCGCUUCAGAUAUUUUAGCUGCUCUUUGCAUACUUCUACCAAAA